GCGAACAAAAGUUGUUCAAACCUGCUUCCGCAGUCGAGGUGUUGAGACACAUGCCGUUUUUCGAUGAAAAUCCCUAAAAAUAAACGCAAAUAUGCAGAGCAGUAAAGUUGAAGAAAUUACGGACAAGUUAGAGGGCUAUCUGUCUUUAGACACAGAGAAGAUGGACAGAUACGAGAGAUACCGGCAGGAGGGGAAGGAGGCUGCCAUGCGUGGUGAUCUGCAUCGUGCCCUUGAGCUGUUUCAGCUGGCUUACCAGCUGCAGCCGAGUGACAAGCAGAAGAAACGGAUCCAGGCCAUACAGGAUCUCAUUAAGAGAGAUGAGGAAGAAGAUGAGGAGGAGGAUGAGGAGUUUGUGAAUGUAAAUAAUAGUGGAUUGAUGCUUUAUAAAGGGCUCUACGACAAACUGUAUGACCAUCAGAAAGAGGGUGUGGCGUUCCUGUACAGUCUCCACCGAGACGGAAGGAAAGGAGGAAUACUGGCAGACGACAUGGGCCUCGGCAAAACAAUUCAGGUCAUUUCGUUUUUGUCAGGGAUGUACGAUGCAGAGCUGGCCAAUCAUACCCUGUUAGUCAUGCCUACCUCGCUCAUAAAGAACUGGGUACGUGAGUUCGCCAAGUGGACCCCUGGCAUGAGAGUGAAAGAGUUUCACGGCUGCAGCAAAGCUGAGCGGAACAGGAACCUGGAGCGAAUCCAGCGCAAGGGAGGAGUCGUCAUUACCACCUACCAGAUGCUCAUCAACAACUUUGAGCAGCUUGCAUCAUAUGACCAACGUGAAUUCAAAUGGGACUACGUCAUCCUGGACGAGGCCCACAAAAUCAAAACCUCAUCCACUAAAACGGCUAAAAGCGCUCACGCUAUCCCCGCUAGACACCGUGUGCUACUGACAGGCACUCCGGUUCAGAAUAACCUACGAGAGAUGUGGGCGCUGUUUGACUUCGCUUGCCAGGGGUCACUGCUUGGAACCUCUAAAACGUUCAAAACCGAAUAUGAGAAUCCAAUCACACGUGCAAGGGAGAAAGACGCCACUCCUGGAGAGAAGGCUCUUGGAUUGAGGAUUUCUCAGAACUUGAUGGACAUCAUCAAGCCUUAUUUUCUCAGGCGGACCAAAGCAGAUGUUCAGCACAAAAAGCAAAAACGUGAAGAAGGCUAUGAAGACAAGGAAGACCAAGAGAACAAAUGUCCAAAUGCUGGCGAAGGCCUAGAGAUGCCAACACUGACACGAAAGAACGAUUUCAUCGUGUGGACGUACCUCAGCUCAGUGCAGGAGGAGAUUUAUAACCAAUUCAUCUCAUUGGACCAUAUUAAGGAGUUGCUGAUGACUACCAGGUCGCCACUGGCAGAGCUUACGGUGUUGAAGAAGCUCUGUGACCAUCCUAGACUCCUGCCUAAUCGAGCUGUGGUUCAACUAGGCCUGGAGCAAGGUUCCACCUCUGACUCCAUCCAGCCAGACGAUGAGAGUGAGUCGGCUGUUAGUCAGAUUGAUAAACUUUCAGAUGACACUUUGGUUGCAGAGUCAGGGAAGCUGCAGUUCCUAGUGUCUCUAAUGGAGUGUCUUCGUGAAGAGGGCCAUCGGACCCUGAUCUUCUCCCUCUCGAGGAAGAUGUUAGACAUCGUGGAACGCGUCCUGCGUAACAGAAACUUCCGCUUGCUGCGCCUGGAUGGCACAGUGACGCAACUGGCAGAAAGGGAGAAGCGUAUCAAGCUGUUCCAGACAGACAAACGCUACACAAUCUUCCUUCUCACCACUCAGGUGGGUGGAGUCGGCAUCACGCUAACUGCAGCGAAUCGUGUUGUGAUCUUUGACCCCAGUUGGAACCCCGCGACAGAUGCUCAGGCUGUGGACCGUGCCUACAGAAUUGGCCAAACUGAAAAUGUCAUCAUCUACCGACUCAUCACCUGUGGCACUGUGGAAGAGAAGAUCUACCGCAGACAGGUGUUUAAAGAUUCUCUCAUCCGACAGACAACUGGUGAUAAAAAGAACCCUUUCCGUUACUUCAGCAAGCAGGAGCUGCGUGAGCUGUUUAAACUCGAAGACACACGCUCGUCCACCACUCAACAGCAGCUCCAGGCGAUGCACUCACACAACCGCCGCUCUGACACCAGCCUGGACCACCACAUCGCUCGCCUUCAUUCCAUGGAGAUGUUCGGCAUCUCCGAUCACGACCUCAUGUUCACUAAAGAGGUGGCAGUCGACGAAGACGACCCAGAGGAUGCAGAGUCACAUCACUACAUACAAACACGUGUCCAGAAAGCACAAGAGCUCAUGCAGGCAGAAUCAGAACUGCACGGCCAGCUCAUGGACAGCGUGGCUCAGAACACCGAACCAGCUUGGCUCAGGCAAGCAGGGCAGCCGAAAACUGACGGUAGAGACCGCCCGGCCCCUCCACGUAUCAAAAAUGAGCCUGUGACAGUGGACCUGACACAUUACAGUUUCGAUGAGCCAGAGCUAGAGGAAGAUGAGCAGAACUUCACACCAGUUGAGGACGUGGAGGUGGAAGUUGUAAGUGAAGAAGUGCAAAUUGUAGAUGAUGAAGAACAAGUGAAAAACAAAUCUCCUUGGUCUGCUGAAGAAAGUAAUGUGCAUGUUAGCCCUGUUGCUGACAAGCUAGCUAACGGCGUGAUCACGCUGGAUGACAGUUUGGAUGAGGAGGACGAGAUUUGCAGUAAUGGAGCAUCAGAGAAACAAAACUCUGUGCACUGCUUGUCAAGUCCUCGUCACCAGUUUCCGAAGUUAGAAGAACUUUCUAUGUCUGAUUCUGUUGAUAACAAAGAGGUUCACAUGGACAACCCCAAUUCGACAGUGCUUUCGUCACCCCAAUCUCCACAUAAGGCCACAGAGGGAGAGUCUUUUAAAGCAGAGGUGGAAAUUCUUCAGGGAAACUUCAACUUGCAGUUGGAGGACAGUGCAGAUAUGUUCUCAGUUGAAGAAGAGGAAGUUCGUGAAGAGGAGGAGUCUCUAGCAGAGGAAAGUCCUGGGUUUCAGCUUCAGAUGGACGUUAGUGGAGAAAGGAUGGAAGAAGGAAGUAUCCAUGAAAGCAGACAAGAUGGUGAAAUCAGUAACUGUAACAAGAGUGAGGUCCUCAGCAAGCAUGAAUCUCUUCUGUCUAUCAGUUCAGCGCUGAACACCCCUGCGGAGGACUCCUUUGUGCAUUCAGUUCGGAGAAAGAAAAGACAAGUAAUCACUGACACUGAAGAAGAAGAUGAAAAAGAGGAGGAGGAGUCAGAGAAGCCAUGUUUAACAAGCAGUCCAUUGGUUGAUGGCCUCAGCAGGCUGGGCACUUCAACACCGAAAUCCACUUUGACCGACGGCGGCCGGCUCAGGCGCAGCUUGAAUACUUCUGUCGCAUCAAGAAGGUCCUUCAUUGUGUCCAUGCUAGACAAUGAUUCCGAUGAGGAGUCAGAAGAUAAAACCAAAUCGUAUGAGAUAUCGGUGGCCAGUGAAAGCCUUGCAGAUGAAUCGGUGGUGGAAGAGGAGGAGCCCAGUGGAGACCAAACCGAAUCCUAUGAGAUAUCAGAAGCCAGUGAAAGUCAUGUGGAAGAAGAGGAGGCAAACAAAGACAGAACCAAUUCCUAUGAAACAUCUGAAGCCAGUGAAACCUAUGCAGAUGAAUCAGCGGUGGAAGAAGAGGAGCCCAGUGGAGAGACUUUAAACACGGAAGAGUCUGAAAGUCACGAGGAGCGUGAAGAGGUGGAAGCAAGCGUAGAUUCAGAGGAUAACCAGGAGCAAGAAGAAUGGCACAGUGCCAUGCUUGAAUCUACUGCUGAUGUUGAACUAGACUCUAAUGAAACGAUGGACCAGUGUGCCCCUAAAACAUUCCCUUCGGAAAUGCACGUUCUUCCUGUUAGCUCCACAAGCAGUGAUGUGACUGCUGCUAAACCCUCUGAGAACACUUAUGAGAUGCUGGUCCUGUCUGGGAAACAGUGUUUGGCAGAAGGGAGGAAGCAGGAAGCUCUGGAUUUCUUUCUAAAGGCCAUAGACAUUAAUACUGGUGAUGCUGAGAUCCAGCUCUUGAUUAUUCAGUUGUACAGGCAACUUAGCCAGUAGGGAACUUAAAAUGUGCACAGCCAUUUAAGACUUGAUCAUAUUUGUACCACGUUUGACAGAAAUUUGCUGUCUGUUGGUAAAAAGAAACAUAUGUUGUGUUAACACCGUUCAUGGAAUUUCCCAAUAAUUCCUCUGAAUGUUUAUUAAUGUUAGAUUUGCAUGUUUCUUUGAUUUUCAAACUGUUCAAUUUAUCAUAUUCUUACAUAUACAAUAAUUGUGGAGGAAAAAAAUAA